UUAUUUGUAACAAAGUUAUGGGAUGCUAUUAUUAAAGAUAAUGAUUUAGUGAAAACUAGUAAUACUUUAUUUUUUGAUAUAGGAGAAUUUAAUGGACCUGAAGUAGUUAACACUUUAAACAAUAGUUUGAGUAGAGAUUACCCAUUGAUAAAAUCAUUUAAAUUUUAUUUCUUAAAAGAAUUACGUCAACGAGGAUUUUAUUUCAAUGAAAUCAAGGAUUUCUGUUUAGCAUUGAAUCAAAAUAGCGUGCAUUGGUUUUCUGAUCUAAAAUGGGAUCUGGAUCAUGUUGGUGUCUUGCCAUUUAAUCCAUAUUGGGUAUUGGAUGAUUAUCAUAUUAUUGAAAAGACCUUUAAAGCAGUAACUGAUAAUAAUACAGUACACUUUAAAAAAUAUUUAGAAAUACUCAAAAAUGAUUCAACUUUAACAUCACGUAUAGCCUUUUUUGGAUUUAUCUUUACAAGAUUACAAUUACCAAAAUCAGCUGGUGAAUUGAGACAUGCUGAUAAUCUUGAUGCCUUAGAUGGCAAAGAUGAGUACAAUCCUAUAAUAU